AUGACAUUUCUUUAUAUGCUCCUGCUGCUGUCCGCAUUGCCAUUGAUCAAACCGACAUCAAUAUCUCCAAGAAAACAAGCAGAGUCGCUCGUCAAAUGGAAGGGCGGCUUUUCUUCUUUAUCAUCAUUAUCGCCACCUUCGCUACUCAAUUCAUGGUCCCUCACCAACCUCAACAGCCUCUGCAACUGGACUGCCAUUUCCUGCUCCAAAACCAGAACAGUCUCCAAAAUAGACCUCUCCAAUAUGCAAAUGUGGGGAACACUGUCCCUUUUUGACUUUUCCUCAUUUCCAAAUCUCACCCACUUCAAUCUAAAUGGCAACUAUUUCGAAGGGCCUAUACCGUAUGCCGUUGGAAAUCUCUCCAGGCUCACAUCUUUGGACUUGGGCAACAACUUUUUUGAUCAUCAAAUUCCAUCUGAGAUUGGCCAGGUAACAGAGCUUCAGUAUCUAAAUCUCUGCGACAACAGUCUCUCUGGUACCAUCCCUUAUCAACUGAGCAAUCUCCAAAAGGUGAUAGUCUAUAUCAUUCAGAAUUCCCAGAAUUUAUAUCUCAAUGCCGGAACUUGACGUUCCUCGACUUGUCUCAAAAUAAUUUGAUUGGCCAAAUUCCACCUUCGAUAGGCCAACUCAGGGAGCUCCAAUACCUCAAUCUUUCAUACAACUCCUUAAACUCUUCUAUCCCUUCUGAGCUUGGUCUUUGUACAAACCUCACCCACUUGUCCCUGGCUUCCAAUCAACUCAACGGGGAACUGCCUCUGUCCCUGUCCAAUCUGAACAAC